AGCGGCGGAGUUUGGACCGGACGGUGGUCUCCGCACCGCUCUCAUCCUACCGCCCUCAUCACCCUCUAGUUUUACCGUUGCAACGGGACACGUGGCAUCCUACCCGCCACUUGUCGCCAUCACCUCCCUUUGGAUUCUCUCUCUCAAGUGUCCAACCAACACACCACUUCAGUCCUCCUCCCCCUUUUCCAACUCAACAAUAACCCCCUCGCCUCCACUUCACCUAACUUCCAUUCCAAGAAUCCUCCAUUAUACGUUCUGCCCCAAUCUCUCUCCCUCUCUCUCUUUGUAAGAACUCCGGCUGAUGGAUCGCCGGAAUUCCUAACAAUGCCGCUGGAACAGCAGAGACAGCGACGGCGCCACCGCCCCAUUUUGUUCUCAAUUUUCUUCUUAUUAUCUUUGAUGUUGGAAGGCGGUUCUGCUACGAGGUUCGACUUCGGGACGCUGACGCUUGGGAGUUUAAAGCUCUUGGGCGACGCCCAUCUCAAGAACGGCAGCAUCUGCCUCUCACGUGAUUUACCGGUCCCCAACUCCGGCGCCGGCCGCGCCCUCUACGCGGAACCCGUCCGCCUCCGCCACCCCUCCACCCGCCUCCCCCUCCCUUUCUCCACAUUCUUCUCCUUCUCCAUCAUCAAUCUCAACCCCUCCUCCAUCGGCGGCGGCCUCGCCUUCCUCCUCACAUCCGACGACCGCGCCCUCGGCGACCCCGGCGGCUUCCUGGGCCUCCUUGAUCCCUCCGCCGGAGCCGCCGCCCCCGCCGUCGUCGCCGUCGAGUUCGACACCCUCAUGGACACGGAGUUCCAGGACAUCAACGGCAAUCACGUCGGGGUGGACCUCAACAGCAUGGUCUCCGCCCAGGCUGCCAAUCUGGACUCUGCUGGAAUCGAUUUGAAGAGCGGCGACCUCAUCAACGCCUGGAUCGAGUACGGCGGCGCCGGAGGUGGCACCGCCAGUGUGGGGCUCCUUCAGGUCUUCGUCUCCUACUCCACCGUCCGCCCCGCCGAUCCGGUCCUUUCCCUCCCUGUUGACCUUGGCCAAUUCGUCGACGACUACACUUUCGUCGGCUUCUCCGGGUCUACCCAGGGGAGCACCGAGAUCCACAGCAUCGAAUGGUGGAGCUUCUUCUCUCCCUCUCCCAAUGCCGUCCCCUCUCCAGCUCCGCCGCAGCUUGCCUCCCCCAAUCCCAACGUCUCCAGCCGUCCGCCGCCUGCCCCGGCGCCGUCCGUCUCCGUCGGCGCCGCCGAGGGGCCGAGCAACGAGAGCGCCGUUGGCCAUUCGUCGUCGCCGUGCCAGAGCAACGGGCUGUGCAGACAGGGCCCCGCCGCCGUGGCUGGGGUGGCGACUGCCGGGGCCUUCGUCGUCGCGGCCUGUGCCGGCGUCGGCAUCUGGACCUGCGCACGGCGGGCAAAAGCCCUCAAGAAAUGGGACAACUUGGCGGCGGCGUCGGAGAUCGUGAAGGCCCCAAGGGAGUUCAGCUACCGGGAAUUGAGCAUUGCCACCCUAGGAUUCGACCAGUCUCGGAUCAUCGGCCACGGCGCCUUCGGGACCGUGUACAAGGGCAUCAUCCCGGAGACCGGGGCGAUGGUGGCUGUCAAGCGUUGCAUCCAGGGAGGAGGCGGCGAUGACGGCGAAGCACAAGCGAGGGCGGAGUUUCUCUCGGAGCUCUCCAUCAUUGCCAGCCUUCGGCACCGGAAUUUGGUCCGUCUCCAGGGGUGGUGCCACGAGAAGGGGGAGAUCCUCCUCGUCUACGACUACAUGCUCAACGGGAGCCUCGAUAAGGCACUAUUCGAGCCAAAGGCGGCGCCUUUGGCAUGGCGCCACCGGAAAAAUAUCCUAAUCGGCGUCGCCUCCGCGCUCGCUUACCUCCACCGGGAGUGCGAGCGCCAGGUGAUCCACCGCGACGUCAAGUCCAGCAACGUCAUGCUCGACGAGGGCUACCACGCCCGCCUCGGCGAUUUCGGCCUUGCCCGCCAGGUGGAGCACGACAAGUCCCCAGACGCCACUGUCACCGCCGGCACCAUGGGCUACCUCGCCCCCGAAUACCUCCUCACCGGCCGAGCCACCGAGAAGACCGACGUCUUCAGCUUCGGUGCAUUAGUCCUCGAGGUUGCCUGCGGCCGCCGCCCAAUCGACGGCGACGGCAACCCUGCAGCCGCCGCCGCGGCCUGCAGCAGCACCCGGUGGUGCAGCAAUUUGGUCGAAUGGGUGUGGGGAUUGCACGGCGAGGGUAGAAUUCUGGAGGCGGCUGACCGGCGGCUGGAGGGGGAGUUCGACGAAGUGGAAAUGAGGGGGGUUUUGUUGGUGGGAUUGGCGUGUUCGAGCCCGGACCCGGGAUUGCGGCCGGGGAUGAGGAGCGUCGUCCAGAUGCUGAGCGGCGACGCCGACCCGCCAUUCGUGCCGGUGUCGAAGCCGUCGAUGAGCUUCAGCGCCAACCACCACCUCCUCCUCAGUCUCCAGGACAGCGUCUCCGACUACAACGCCUUGGGGCUCAACCUCUCCUCCUCCUCCUCCUCCUCUUCCUCUCUUAGGAGUACACUCAGAGGUGGCGGCGGAGGGUGAUGCCCUCUGCUCACCGGCAGGUGAUUGGAUUCCAUUCUACCUCCGAUUUGUUAAAUUAAUACAGUUAUAUAUAUAUAUAUAUACACGACUAACUAAUAACUAUUAUUUUUGUUGGCAUGUUUUAAUUCUGUCCCAUUU